CUUGGUCCUCGGCCUUGUUUACACUUUGGCCAUGGCCGCCUCUCAUUAGCACCCCCCGCAUCGAAGAGAGAGAGAGAGAGAGGGCUUCCUCCUCCGUGCGCGGCCGUCCCUCCGUCGUCAAUCCGCCUCCCGGCGAGGCAAACGCGAUUCCUCUGCAGCCGAGAAGGAUAAAGCGUUGGGAGAAGUAGUGUGGGGAGAGUGGUCAUGGGGAAGGCGGUGAUUGGGCUCUCCUGGGAGCCGAAGCUGCCGGCUUUCACGUCUUCGCUCACCCCCGCCAGCGGCGCCGGCCCUAAACCCGGGAAGAUGCCAUCGGGGAGCGAAAGCGGGGCUCUUUGGAAGCCGAGCUCGGAGCUGAUCGAGGGGCUCUUCGUACCGCCCACCAAUCCCAAGAAGCUGAAUAAGCUCCUGAGGAAGGAAGUCAAGGACACUGCUGGUUCUAGUUGGUUCGAUAUGCCUGCCCCGACUUUAACGCCAGAAUUGAAGAAAGAUCUGCAGUUACUAAAGUUAAGGACUGUCAUUGACCCGAAGAGACAUUACAAAAAGGGUGAUGCAAAAUCCAAAACUUUGCCCAAAUAUUUCCAGGUUGGCACAGUGGUAGCAUCUGCAACGGAGUUUUACAGUGGUAGACUGACUAAGAAGGAGAGGAAGGCGACACUUGCUGAUGAGCUGCUUUCAGAUCACAAGCUCAGGGACUACAGGAAGCGCAAGGUACGGGAGAUAGAAGAAGAAAAGAGGCCUGCUGGAAAUGAGAAAUGGAAGAUAAAAGGUCGACAAUCGAUGAGGCGUGCUAAGCAAAGGAGGCACUGAAUUUAGUGACGACGUGCUGCCAAAUUUUGCAUCUGGUGAGCAUGUGUAGCGGGAUGUGUUUUUUCAUCGGAAACCAGAAAGGAGAGGACUGUCACGCGGGCGUUUGUAGUGCUAAGUGAUAGAUUCUUUGAGAGAAAUUUUCCUUUAAUUAAUUGUGUGAAUUCUACUUAGUUACUAUGAUCACACACUAUGUUUGAGGUCAUUUCUUCUCUUGGCUGUGACUACAUUUAUUCAACUAACGUUUAGAAGCCAUAUUUAAGUUA